UUUUGUGUAAUUGUGUUUUUAAGUUAUUAAGGUACUCAACAAUGGGGCAGUCAUUUGGAUGCUUUCAAGUAGCUCAUUCAACCAUAGCAAUCAAAGAAAUAUGGGGAAGAUACGGCGAUUUCCUCGAGCCUGGAUGCCAUUGUGUGCCUUGGUUUCUUGGUUAUGAAAUAAAAGGCCGUCUUUUCUUAGGUGUAAAACUUAAUGUUCGCUGUCAGACCAAAACUAAGGAUAAUGUGUUCGUGACUGUGGUUGCAUCAAUUAUAUACCGUGUGAUGAAAGAGAAUGCGGCAGAUGCAUUUUAUAAACUUAGCAACACCACUACUCAGAUCCAAGCCUAUGUUAUUGAUGUUGUUCACGCUAGUGUACCUAUAAUGGAGCUUGAUGCUGUUUUAGAGCAGAGGAACACCAUAGCAAAAUCUGUGAAAGACGAGCUUGGAAAGGCUAUGUCAACUUAUGGAUAUAAGAUUGUUGAUACUUGUAUAGUCGACAUUGAGCCUGAUGCUGAAGUGAAGACUGCUAUAAAGGAGAUCAAUGCAGCUUCAAGGCUAAGGGAGGCAACAAAUGAAAAGGCGGAAGCAGAGAAAAUACAGCAAAUCAAGAAAGCCGAGGGGGAAGUAGAGUCCAAGUACUUGGCAGGGCUCCGCAUAGCAAGGCAAUGCUUGGCGAUAGUAGAUGAGCUGAAGGACAGCAUGCUGAACUUCUCCGAAAAUGUGCUCGGUACAACUACUAAGGAUAUCAUGGACACGGUUCUAGUGAUGCAGUAUUUCAACACGAUGAAGGAAAUUGGGGCUUCCUCGAAAUCCUCGGCCGUGUUCAUCCCUCAUGGUCCUGGUGCUAUUAAGGAUGUUGCUGCUCAAAUUAGAGAUGGCCUACUGCAGGGCAAUGUCAUUUAG